CAGACCACAACAAAAAAAGAUUAAAGAGUCCUCACCCUCGACCAAUGUUUCACAUCCUAUCCACCGAAAACGAAUCGAAAGAAAAAAUACGUCUUCGUGACAAAAUCGCCUGACACCAUGCCUCGCUACAUGACAAUUCACGAUUUGAACAAACCCUCGGUUACCGAGCAUUUUACCACCACUUCUUUCCUCAAGCGCGCAUACUCUAUGCGCAAUACGGACUCCACCACUACGCUUCUUCGUCGAUUGGGAGUCUGUUUAGUCGUACUUAUCGAAGCCAUCAUCAUGCUAACCCUCGAUGUUUACCUUCAUGAAUCGCUUGGGGCCCUGGUGCUCAUGUUGAUCUUCAUACCUUUGUGGCUACUUUUUGUUGUAUGGGCGCUGGGGAGGAUGGAGCUGGUGACAACUACCAUAAGAUUUUUCCGGUUGAGACUGACAACCCAGAUUUUGAGACGGUUCAUAUAUGCUAUGAUUGCAUUGCAUGUUGCGCCAUUCGCAGUACUAGUGUUGGACGGUAUAUUUCGCAUAUCAGGACGAGGAUUUGCGGCAAACGUUGCAGAGUGGAGGUAUUAUUGGUUCGCAAUGCAUAUGAUCAUCACCAUCGCUGCGAAUGUUGUGGGAAUGGGUAAAGAGGAAGAAUCGUCACUCGUGUGA